AUGAAUCAUGAGAAAGUUGCCCCAAAUGAUGUGCAGACCAGGGAUGUGCUGCUGGGACGCGGUGGCUACAUCUAUACUCAUUCAGGAAAUGUCCUGCUUCGCAAGUUUCUGGAUGAGCAGUACAUGGGCACUUGGAUAGCCUUGACAGUGAAGAUGGCCAAGACCAAUUUGACCCGGCAGAUAGUGAUGGAUCUGGAGACCGAAGGUUUCCGGUUUUUGAAAUGGGACCGCCCAAGCCAUGAGUGGUUAGUGGUGGAUCAGAAUGUGGUGCGAGAGAAGAUUGCGACACUCCUUCGAGAGAUGGCCCGAUUUGAGCCGCAUAGUCUGCUUGCUCAUGAUGGUGCCCAGAAUCGGAUGAGUGAUCGCGGCAAUGACAAUGGCAAUGACAAUGGCAACCAAGCUGAAAGGGAUCACCAAGCCGACGAUGACGACCAAGCUGAAAGGGACCACCAAGCUGACCAUGCGGAUACAGCUCGUUCGCGGAUUGCCAGUGUGUAA